UGGGCUGCGUGCAGCCUGGAGCCACGCUGCUGACAUGACGUGGGUGCUCGAUGCCGCUAAAUGGCACCACUUGAAAUAGCCUACCUGCCUCUCCCGCUCAGACAGACACUCGCUGAUGCGUCACUCGGCAGCCUUUCAGCACCGCGGACAGCUGCUCGUCUUGCCCCCCUGCAGGGCACUGGAUCGACUCAAUUGACUGGAAGUGAAGACAACACAAAAUUAAGUCAUUUUCUGUCACUUUGAGGAUUUUUCUUUUUUGUGAUCCUUGGAAAUGGAUUCUUCAGAUCAACCGGCAAAUGUGACUUUUUUCGACUUUGUGGGAGGUGUCCAACUUCUCCAGGGGGAGGACAUCAGGACCGCCGUGCCCGUCCUCCUCAUCGGGAUCUGUGUGUCGGGCGCCGUGGGGAACCUGCUGGUCCUGCUCAUCUUCAUGCGGGACUUCAAGGAGGGGAAGGGCUCGGAGGUGAAGGCUCUGCUCGCCUCGCUGGCCUCCACGGACCUCCUCAUCCUGCUCCUGUGCGCCCCCGUGCGCGCCCUCACCACCUACAAACAGUGGUGGGUGCUGGGCCGCUUUGUGUGCUACACCACCGACUGGUUCCAGCACUCGUGUGUGGUGGCCAAGACGUUGCUGCUGGCGGUCAGCACCCGGGCCAAGCACACGCUAGAGCCCGCCGCCGCCACUGCCUCCAACGCAGGACCCACCCUCUGCACCCCCACGUGGAUCCACGGGGCCAUGGCGUUUGUGUGGAUUGUGUCCAUGAUGUUCCCCAUCCCGCAGAUGCUUUUUGCCACUUUGCAGCCACACGGCCACGACACUGUUUGCGUCUCCGAGAUGCCGGCAUGCGCGUCACAGUUCAUGGUGCUCUUCUAUAAGAUUUACCCCAUGGCAACCUUUGUAGCACCGGUCCUCUUUACUGUGGCGUACUACACCAAAAGCCUGCACAAGGCUCUCAAUUACGCCCCCUGUCCGCGGCAUCAGAGCAAGGUGACACUGGUUCUUCUCUGCCUGAGCAGCACCCUCGGGCUCAUGCUGCUGCCCGAGUGGGGCACCUUCACGUGGGUCCGACUGGGCUACAACAAACCCCCAGUGGGUGUGGUCCUCUUUGCACAGGUGCUCUUGUACGCCUGCAGCGCUCUCUCUCCGGUGCUGCUCAUGACCAUGUACGACGACGUGCGCCAAGGCUUGGUCACCAUCUGUUUGGCAGCCGCCUGCCGGGGCUCCAAGGCGGCAAGCGCCCCGCCGAAGACAGAAGGCAAUGGAGCGGAGCUGGGCGCCAACGCCAUAAUCCCCAACGCCGAGAAGACCUUCCCGGAUGUGGAGCACUUUUGGACAGGGCGCAGGAACACCCACGUGGAGGAGGAACAGGACCCUGUCCCCUGGGAGAGAGAGGAGAAAAUGUAAUGUGUUAUUAUGAUUAAUUCUUAUUAUUAUUAUUACAAGCAGGGGAAUUAAUUCACCCACUAUGGAGGUCCACUUGUACAUAGAGCUGAGAAAGUUGUAACCCUUAUCAAGCAAAUGCAGGACAUUAAGGAUGAGUUUGGAUCAUAAAACAUGAUCACAUAUAUGGACUAUCAUCAGCUGCCGCAGAGAUUAGCCCACCUUAAUCACAGAUAAAAACACAAUCACAUCUCCACCUUUUACUCGUAUACAGAUAUGGGAUGCAGUGUACAAACAGAUCAUGUCUCCCCAUUCAAUUCACUGCUAAUCCCAGGAUGGAUGCUCCGGGUCAAAAUCCAGUGAUUACAUGCGAGCAGGCAACUGUAGCUUUAAACAGCACUGUCAGUAGUUCAUCUCCUGCUGCAUUUGACUGUUUGCUCUUUCCUUUUAUUCACUUUUCAUGUGUUUUUUGUUGUUGUAAACUGAUGUCAUGUCCUUUUGUUGUAGCUUCUGCCUAUUGAUAUGGAUCAGAAUGUACUAUAACACAGUCGUCAGCGUAUAUUGUAUAUCCUCUUUGGAUAGAAACAUUUAUUAUUAACACUUUAUAACGUGUCAUUCGAUGCUUAGACUGUAAUUGUGCUAUAAAUUGUUUGAUAUAUGCUUAUACUGUAGGUGGUCAAUUUUUAGGUCAAUUUUUAUGCUGGCGUAUUUGGUUAUUUGUCACAUAAUAUCAACUGUUAAAUGAAAGUACAAUAAAGACGAUUAUACAG